AUGGCACUCGACGUAACCUCGAAAGUCGCGAUUAUAACAGGUGCUGGAUCUGGAAUUAACUUCUCCUUCGCCAAGCUACUUCUCAAAAACAAAUGCAAUGUCAUAUUCGCAGAUCUUACCCUCCGGCCAGAAGCAGCCGACCUUGUUUCAUCCUACAGUGAUAGAAGUGCUACGCCUAGAGCUAUCUACAUGCGAAUAGAUGUCACCGACUGGAACCAGUUGGAAGAAAUGUUUGGCAUGGCUGAAAAGGAAUUUGGACAUGCGGACAUCAUAUGCCCCAGAGCUGGUGUUUUUGAGCCUCCAUUUUCAAACUUCUGGAUUCCGCCCGGCACUGGUUCUAGUGCCGAUUUGCCGCAGCAGAACCGCUAUGCGUCGUUUGAUAUUAAUCUUUCACACCCUAUUCGAUGUACGCAGUUGGCAAUCAGUCAUUUCAUCAAGCACCAGACCCCGGGAUCAGUCGUCCUCAUAUCUAGCAUUGCAGCACAAUUCCCAUAUAUUGGAUGUCCCUUGUAUACUGCUUCCAAGCAUGCGAUCUCUGGCUUUGUUCGGUCUCUCGCUGCGCUCGAGCGACCACCAAGCCCGAACGUGCCUCCGAUUCGUGUGACUGCUGUUGCACCUGGUAUUGUCAAGACACCCAUAUGGCUUGAGAGCGAGAAGAUCCAAUGGCUGCGUUCGGAAAAAGAUCAAUGGGUUACUCCCGAGGAGGUCGCCGAUCUCAUGCUAGACCUCAUUCAGAAGGACGAUUAUAAGGGUGGUAGUGUCUUGGAAGUAGGGAAGAACAAAGUGAGAAAGGUGGAGGAGCUGAAUGACCCUGGUCCUCAAGGUGAUGGCUUAACAAUCUCUGCAGGGGCAAAGGGUGUCGAGGAAAUUUGGACACGACUAUCAGACCCCUCAUGGGGGCAGUAUACAUAA